AUGUUUUCAAGAAGACUCACAGUGACAAAGAAAGCAGCAGCCAUGUCUGACGUCAGGUUUCGGUUUCACACCAGCCUUUAUAAAACCAUGAAGUGAGAUAUUUUUAUGCAAACGUUUGCUGCCUGACUUUGAAUGAUAGGGCUGCAUGAGGUUUGCGACAUUAACGAUAUAAUCAGGUGUUAGAGCAAGAAUUCAUCCACAAACAUGAGCGAUAAAAAUCAUUAUCAGAGCUUUGUCUGUCACAGUCUAAGGCAAUGCAAAAUGAUAGGCAGCAUCUACAGGACAAAACAAGAGAUUAAAUGUUUAUUUUGUCAGAUGAAUGUAAGCCCUUCAUUCAAAUGCUGUUAUCUAACUUGGCCUCUCAUGCUCAUGAGUUUUGGUCAUGUGGAAACUUGAGUAAUUUUAGAUUGUGAAACUGAGUUCCCACUGGUUACUGUGUAAAAAAAGAAGUAACAAAAAAAAAAAUUUGGUGAUAUAAAUUCAGAACUCUGUUGCCCGCCUGCUCACCCACACCAACCCCCGCGAAAACACCACCCCUGUCCUCCAAAAGCUGCACUGGCUCUCCGUCUCACACAGCAUACAAUUCAAAAUCCUCCUGCUCACCCACAAAUCACUUAACAACCUGGCCCCUGCCUACCUCGCAGACCUGCUCCACCACUACACGCCCUCCUGCCCAGACCCCAUACUUUCAAAUCACUCAUAAUAACACACCUCUUUCAGUCUUUUUUAACCUUUUACAUUGUUGGUUUUAUUUCUCAAAAUUUUCUGUACUUUAAAUUGUUUUUUAUUCUGUUUUUUUCUUUGUAAGGCAUCUUUGAGCACCUGUAAAAGCGCGUUAUCAAUAAAAUUUAUUAUUAUUAUUUAUUAUAUCAAAACUGGGAAAUUGAACUGUCUCAUUAAAAUAUGUGCCCAUUUUAUAGUUGAGGCCAAAAAAAGUAAUAAAGGCAUGACUCACAAAGUUUUGCAUCCAUCCUCUCUUCUUUAAAAAGAAGGAUGCAUUGGUCACCUGUGUCUUUUACAGUAGAUUUUAAAGUUCUUUUAUUAGUUUUUAAAGCUCUUAAUGGUCUUGGUCCUUCUUAUUUUUCUAAUUUGCUUUUACCAUGAGUCUAGUAGAGCCCUCAGGUCUUCAGGUGUUGGUCUUUUAAUUGUUCCCAAAGUAAAAACAAAAACAUACGGUGAAUCAUCAUUCCAACAUUAUGGUCCGCAUUUGUGGAACAGCCUACCUGCAGACCUGAGAGCGACACCUACUGUUCAUACUUCUAAAAGUGAACUCAAGACCUACCUUUUUAAUUUGGCUUUUAGUUAAUUUCUUUUUAAUCUUUUAAUCUGCAUUAUGUGAUUUUACCCUGUUUCAGUUGUAGAGUAACAAUUUUGUGUUUUAUUACCUCUUUUUUUUAUUUACUUUGUUUUAUUGUUAGAUUUUAAGACGGGGUUGGGAGGGUGAGUGGGGUUAGGUAUUUGUAUUUAUCUUAUUUCAUUGUUUUUAAUAUCCUGCUAGAAUGGACAACACUUUGUGCAACAUUAUAUGUAUGAAAAGUGCUUUAAAAAUAAAGUUUGAUUGAUUAAAAAAAUGAAAUGACUGUUUAAAAACCUCCGAGAGCAGUUUCAAGAGCUUUAAAAAGAGUACACUCUCCCAUUCUUGCAUGAUUAAAACAUUUGAAAUAGUAAAUUAUCCCAAACAGAAGACAGAGCAAAAGUAUCAGAGGUACAAAUAUGAAGUUUUGAGUUCUUACUUUGUCUCUUGUCCUCAGGAUCAGACCUCCUCCCAGCAUGAACUCCUCCACUCUUUCCUUUCUGACUUCCCAAUCUGGCCUCAAAAACGACACAAGCCCCGAGGAUGACAGCGUGGUGAGCAAUGACUUCUCCACCACCUUGGGCGCCCUCAUCCUCGGCCUGGUCUUCCUCCUGGGUGUCCCCGGUAACCUCUUCAUCGUCUGGAGCAUCCUGGCACGAACCCGCCGGCGCUCAGUCACCACCCUCCUCAUCCUCAACCUGGCGUGUGCAGACGGCUUCCUCAUGGCCCUCACCAUCUUCUUCGUCGUCUACCUGGCCAAGCAGACGUGGGUGUUUGGUGACGCCAUGUGCAAAGGCCUUUUCUACCUGUGCAACGCCAACAUGUACGCCUCCAUCUUCCUGAUCACCUUGAUGAGCGUGCACAGGCUGGUUGCCGUGGUGUUUCCGAGGAAGGCCGCUGAGCUGGUCAGCAAAAAAGUAGUGCGGAGGGUGAUCGUGUGCAUGUGGGUACUGGUGAUGGUGAUAUCGAUCCCCUCGCUGGUGUUUCGGGACGUGAGAGAGGACAAAGAUGAGAGGAAUAAAACAAGAUUGGUGUGUGCGCCCAACCACACCCUGCCUCGACAUGUAAGUAGGCACACCCACGGCAUUAACUUAUGUUUUUCCACUUUUGGUCGGCAAAAACCAGCGGUGAGGAAAAACACUUAAUGUAAAAACUCAGUUCGCCAACGUAACCUCCAGUAACGGUUGGUCUAACCGGAGAUAUGGCAACCCAACCGUCGCCAUCUUGGUUUUAUGGCGGCGAGGUAAACACAACUGAAAGAGACACUAGAAUAAACAGGAUGGGAGCCAACUUUGUCUGAGAAACAACUCAACUUUUUGUCAGAAAUUUGCAUUAAAAACCUUAAAAAGUCAAGAUAACACACACUACCAAGAGGGUUGAUGUAGCGGCUGAGAUGAUACCUACAGACCGCCAGUAGCAGCAACAAGUAUGGUGGCCCUGAAGGACACUUGCACAAACAUUUUAAAAUCCAGGAAACACAAAAAUAAAUGAAGAAUAAUUUCAAUAUACAUACUUAACAUUUCUGACCGACCAAAGUAUGACCAAAGUAUUUCCCCAAGAAUUUUACUUAGCCCAUGGGGGAAAAAAAGCCACCCCCCCAAAGAAAAAAAAAUACAGCAAAGCACACAGUUGGUGAUUUAAUAAAAAAAAAAAAAAUCAGCCCUGUACAGCUGGGUAAACAUGCUCUGCAAAUGAUGACCUUAUGAUGUGACUGAAAGCUCUGGCAAGGGCUGAUCAAUACAUUUUAAUGGUGGAGGAAUGAUUACAGCGUGCAAAAACACUUUGAAUACUCUAAAUAAUGGGAUACUGCUGUUGUUAGAGAUAAACUUGUAAUAAGCAAGAUCAGGCACAUAUUUCUUUUGAAUCCUAGUUCGCUUUUCCCUUGUAAGGUUUUUUUCUAGAGAUGAACAUGAGUGCCAAAAUUUUACUGAAUUUACCAAGAAAGUUGCAUUUGUUAACACAAACAGACAUAUUGUUUUUUUACCCAAAGUCUAUUUGCAGGAGCGCAUGUGUGAAUAGUGAUUUACUUGUCUAUUUUGGCUUUCCUGGUAUUUUUGGACAUCAAGUCUUGACAUGUUUCUAUCAUCCUCUUUGCAGGUGAGGUUUCAGUACGCCUUUGAGACAGUGGCAGGAUUCAUUCUUCCUUAUGCCAUUAUCAUAACGAGCUACGUCCUCAUCCUAAGACGCCUCAGACAGACCAAGUUUCGCAGAAAGGUCAGAAGUGAGAAACUCAUCCUGGCAAUUGUGGUGAUGUUUGGCCUUUUCUGGCUGCCGUACCACGUUAUAAACAUGAUACAGGUGAGUGAGGGCAUGUUAAGAGUAUUGUUCAUCACAUUAAAUGCUCAUUUCUGAAUUACAAUCAAGGGGCUGAUCUUUUGCCUGAACAGUGAGGAUGUUUUGUUUCCAUCUUAGGUGGCAACUGAGUGGUACUCGGAUACGUCACCAAGAAGAGAAGUGUGAGUAAUCAAAGUUUUACCAUUUACCCUCCUAUACUUGUAUGAAAGCGGAUUGAUCAGGGACAUGUUUAAUCUGACUUGUUGCAUCAACUCUUCUUUCUUCUCAUCUACAGUCUGGACAACAUCGCUAAAUCCAGUCGUGCAGUGACUUCAGCUCUGGCCUUCAUCAGCAGUUGUGCUAAUCCUGUCCUCUACACCUUCGCUGGAAAGUCCUACAUCAAGAAGAACGGCCUUGCUUUCAUGGCUCGACUCUUUGAAGGGACUUCAUUAGACCAAGCAGGAACCAAAAAGAAUCGGGGACAAAGUAAAGAUGUGAUUGGGAUCAGUACGAAUGAAUCCUCAAACAGCACAGGAACUCCUCCUUUACGGAACGGGCGAUGAACAACAAAUGAACUUUGUACAUAAAUGAAAUGAAAGCAAGCUCAAGCAAAGUGAUUUGCUUGGAUUUUGAUUAGAGCAAGUAUAAGCAAAUUAAUGCUUUAAAAA